UGUCGUACAUCUAGGGUUUUAUGUUUUAACCAGGCAGAGACGCACAGAGAGUUGCAGCAAAAGCAGCCAUGGCUACGUACGACCUAACACCACGAAUUGCGCCGAACCUAGACAGGCACCUGGUGUUCCCUUCGUUGGAGUUCUUGCAGGAGCGUCAGCUCUACCCUGAUGAUCAGAUCCUGAAAGCCAAGAUCGAGCUCCUCAACAAGACUAACAUGGUCGACUACGCCAUGGACAUCCACAAAUCCCUCUACCACACCGAAGACGUCCCUCAAGAUAUGGUGGAGAGAAGGGCGGAGGUCGUGGCCAGGCUUAAGUCCCUUGAGGAGGGGGCGGCACCUCUCGUGGCUUUCCUGCAGAAUCCCAAUGCAGUGCAGGAGUUGAGGGCUGACAAGCAGUAUAACAUCCAGAUGCUCAAAGAACGGUAUCAGAUUGGACUGGAGCAGAUUGAGGCAUUAUACCAGUACGCCAAAUUUCAAUUUGAAUGUGGAAACUACUCUGGUGCUGCUGACUAUCUUUAUCAGUAUAGGGCCUUAUGUACAAAUAGUGAAAGAAGUUUGAGUGCAUUAUGGGGGAAGCUUGCAGCUGAGAUACUGAUGCAGAACUGGGACAUUGCUCUUGAAGAACUUAAUCGGUUGAAAGAAAUAAUUGAUUCAAAGAGUUUUUCAUCACCAUUGAAUCAAUUGCAAAGCAGAAUAUGGCUAAUGCAUUGGAGUCUCUUUAUCUUUUUCAACAACGAAAAUGGAAGGACACAGAUCAUCGACCUCUUUAAUCAGGACAAGUAUCUGAAUGCGAUUCAAACCAAUGCUCCUCAUCUUCUACGUUACCUGGCCACUGCAUUUAUAGUAAACAAAAGGAGAAGACCUCAGUUCAAAGAGUUUAUAAAGGUCAUUCAGCAAGAGCAGCAUUCUUACAAAGAUCCCAUCACUGAGUUUUUGGCGUGUGUGUAUGUCAAUUAUGACUUUGAUGGGGCACAAAAGAAGAUGAAAGAGUGUGAAGAAGUUAUAUUGAAUGAUCCCUUCCUUGGAAAACGAGUGGAAGAAAGCAACUAUUCUACUGUUCCAUUGAGAGAAGAGUUCCUUGAAAAUGCUCGCCUAUUUAUCUUUGAAACUUACUGCAGAAUCCAUCAGCGCAUUGACAUGGGAGUUCUUGCUGAGAAGUUGAAUUUGAAUUAUGAGGAGGCUGAGAGAUGGAUCGUGAAUCUUAUCCGAACCUCAAAGCUUGAUGCCAAGAUUGAUUCGCAGUCGGGAACUGUUAUAAUGGAACCCAAUUAUCCCAACGUGCAUGAGCAGUUGAUCGACCACACAAAGGCAUUGUCAGGUCGUACUUACAAGUUAGUUGGUCAACUACUUGAACACGCACAGGCCCAAGUUGCUAGAUAAGUCCGUUACAAGUGGGAGAAAUCGAAGGGAUUGCAUCUUUUCUGAAUCUCAUGAGAUAAAGCAAGACCAGAAAAGUUGUUUAAUUUUAAGGUGAUUUAUACGCUGAACUCAGUCAAGUUUUUGUAUAACCCCAGACCUUUUGUUGAAGAGUAGAAUUUUUAAAUUUUAAGGUUAUCUUGUUUGGAGCUUUCUUAAUACUGUUUCUACUAUUAGACGGAUGAGUGGACGGUUAGUGACAAUAAUAUUGGAAUUAGUUGCGGUUA